AUAUAAAUGCUUGUGGUUCUGAAGAAGUAUUUUCAUUUCAACUACAUCAACUAUUCGCAGGCCUAAUUUCAAUCAAUGCCAACUUCCUCUUUUCUCUUCCCCAUACUCUAUCUACUAAUCUCUAUCUCAAUUAUAAAUGGGGCUCAACUGAUUCUAGUGAACAACUGCAAUGAAAGCAUAUGGCCCGGUAUACUCGGCAGUGCAGGCGUAGACACUCCUCAAAGCGGCGGUUUCCAUCUUGGCAGCGGCGAGGAGUCAGUUCUUGAUGUACCUGAGAAGUGGUCAGGAAGAAUAUGGGGCAGGCAGGGUUGCUCCUUUGACAGUAAUGGAAAAGGCAACUGUGAGACCGGCGAUUGUUUUGGCCAAUUGCAUUGCCAAGGAAAAGGAGGCGUGCCUCCAGCGACCGUGGUUGAAAUGACGCUGGGAACAUCAACUUCACCCCUGCAUUUCUAUGAUGUGAGUUUGGUUGAUGGCUUUAACUUGCCCGUGUCAAUGAAGCCGGUUGGUGGGGGAAUAGGGUGCGGUGUUGCCUCAUGCGUGGUUGAUUUGAACGUGUGCUGCCCAUCUGCGUUGGAAGUGAGGAGAGGAGGCAGGGUGGUCGGGUGUAAGAGUGCCUGCUUGGCUAUGCAGUCUGCGAAGUAUUGCUGCACAGGAAGCUACGCAAACCCAAACACUUGCAAACCGACCCUUUUCGCACAUCUGUUUAAGGCCAUAUGCCCCAAGGCUUAUAGUUAUGCCUUUGAUGACUCCUCCAGCCUUAACAAAUGCCGUGCUUCGCGGUAUGUCAUCACUUUCUGCCCUCCCCAUUGAGGAAUGGCUGAAAAGGAUGUAGCCAAUGGCUAUACUUGGAAGAAACUGUUGUUAUUCUGUUUUUUCUUUCUUGAGAAGAUUGGAUUUACUUUUUAAAGAAAUGAGUAAUGCUAAAACCAGAUUACAUCA